GUUUUUACUUUAAGCGUUAGUAUUUGUGUCAGAUGCAGACUUCCUGGUGUUUUCACUUCAAUAAAACGACGUAACGUCUCAUACUAAGAACGUAAAACGGCAUCAAUGGCGUGAUCCACUGGAUAACAAUUUCAGCUUGCUCUCUUUCACCUUCUCUCUCUCUCACUACGUUCUCGGGCUCCAAACGUAUGAACCAGAACAAAGCCUUUUAGAUAGUUCCGUCUGCGAACCCUAAAAUCAUUCAAUAAACUUCGAACAAAAACGAAUGCUUUUGUUCAAUCAUCUUCUCAGUUUCUGAUUCCGAAGAAACCCUAAUCAAAUAAAUCAUGGACUGCUCAUGCAGUACUCGUCCUUCGUCUCUGCUUAUCUCUUCCGAACCAUCUUUUCGCUUUCCUCACUCUAAUUUCUCCUCGAAUCUCAGCUUUCAGAUACCGAAAGAUACGAAGUUGGUGAAGCAGCGUUUGGUAGUGAGAAGUUCCUCUGGUUCUGAUUAUCAAAACGGCGACGUUAAUGGGUUUCCUCUCAAACCAAACAAACUCUUUAUGCAAGAGGCGAUUGGAGCUGAGUAUGGAGAAGGGUUUGAGACUUUUAGACAGGAUGGUCCUCUUAAAGUGGAUGUGGAUUUCUGGAAUGAGAAACUACAAGAUGGUUUUCUUCAAAGAAUACGUUACGCAAUGAAACCAGAUGAAGCCUAUGGACUUAUUUUCUCUUGGGACAAUGUCGUGGCUGAUACUCGAAGUCUUAAGUUGGAAGCUUGGAAGCAGCUCGCUGCAGAAGAAGGAAAAGAAAUUACGGAGGAGGUUGACAUCCAAAGACUGAUGCUUUAUGCCGGCGCUGACCAUGUGCUUCGUAAGGUGUUGUUUUGGGAGAAAACGCAAAGCAAAAUUGAUAGAUUGAAACUCAGGCUAUCGGAAAUAUAUUAUGAUAGUCUUCUCAAACUCACAGAACCAAAAGAAGGACUUAGAGAUUGGCUUGACGCUGUUACAACUGCUCGCAUUCCCUGUGCUGUUGUCUCAAAUCUUGAUCGGAAAAACAUGAUCAAUGCUCUUGAACGGAUGGGACUUCAAAAGUAUUUCCAGGCAGUGGUUUCCGAGGAAGAUGGUAUGGAAUCGAUAGCUCACAGAUUUCUUUCUGCGGCUGUGAAGUUGGAUAGAAAACCGUCGAAAUGUGUUGUGUUUGAGGAUGAUCCUAGGGGUAUAACCGCGGCUCACAACUGUACAAUGAUGGCAGUUGGAUUAAUCGGUGCUCAUCGGGCGUAUGAUCUGGUUCAGGCUGAUCUUGCAGUUGGAAACUUUUACGAGCUAUCUGUGAUAAACCUCAGGAGAUUAUUUGCCAACAAAGGCUCUACAUUUAUGGAUCACGAGAAACAGAUCAUAGAAAAAUCGCCGCCCAAAAGAAAGCUUACCAUUGAUACCAUAUUCUAAGCACAUUGGAUCGCAGCAUAUAGUAGUUAGGUUAGGUUCAUGAUCUCUUAAGCUCUUGUCUUUAUGGUUAUACAUAUGUUUGAUACUAGACGCAAACCGGAUCUAUCGAGUGAAAUAUGAAGCUUGUUAAAGCCAUUUUCUUGGGUUUUUGUGCAAGAGCAAUGCUCUAACUCGUUGCAUUGUACAUUUUUGGCUCUGUGGAUUGUCCUGAGAAAGCGAUGAAAAGUGGACCCAAUAAACCAUUCUUAGAGCUUCGGACAAUGGCAUCAAUGGUGGGCUGUUCAAACGAAUCAGAUACCUUUAAAGUAGAACCCAUAAGACAAAACUGAAACAGUGACUGUUCAGGCAAAGUGGUGAAACUGAAACUUACCUAUUUGUGUUUCAGUAACACCUAGAUUUAUAAUAGGCGUAAAAAAAAUGGCCAAUUAACAUUUAAGUUACUAAUUUUUAUGUACAAUAGACACU